AUGGCUCUUGGCAAGAUUUUGUGGGCUUUUGCAUUUUAUGCUGUAAUUGUUCUUCUAUGCGAAGUUCCUUCUGUUCUAGCUGGGGACAUAGUUCACGAUGAUUCAACUCCGAAGAAGCCCGGUUGCGAGAAUCAGUUCGUUCUGGUUAAAGUGCAAACUUGGGUCAAUGGUGUAGAGGAUGCAGAAUUCGUUGGUGUUGGUGCUAGAUUUGGAAAAGCGAUUGUGUCUAAAGAGAAAAAUGCUCGGCAUACACGCCUUGUUCUUUCAGAUCCUCGAGAUUGUUGUAGUCCUCCCAUGAAUAAGAUUGCGGGAGAUGUCAUCAUGGUGGAUCGAGGUAACUGCACGUUCACAAAGAAGGCGAAUUCUGCACAAAAUGCUAAUGCUUCGGCUAUUCUCAUCAUAAAUAACCAGAAAGAGCUGUACAAGAUGGUUUGUGAUCCGGAUGAAACUGAUUUAAACAUACACAUACCUGCCGUUAUGCUUCCACUAGAUGCAGGCACGAAGCUGGAAAAUAUGCUGAUGAGUGCUUCAUCUGUAUCGGUGCAGCUUUACUCACCACGUCGACCAACUGUCGACAUAGCAGAAGUGUUUCUUUGGUUGAUGGCGGUUCUUACCAUAUUGUGUGCAUCAUAUUGGUCAGCGUGGAGGACCCGAGAAGCCUCCGUUGAACUUGAUAAGUUAUUAAAGGAUGCUUCGGAUGAUAUCCCAAACACAAAAGAUGCGGGCGUUAGUGGAGUUGUAAAUAUGAAUGCAAAAGCUGCAGUCGUUUUUGUUUUAGUUGCUUCGUGCUUCCUGUUUAUGCUUUACAAACUCAUGUCGUCGUGGUUCAUUGAGGUUUUGGUUGUUCUCUUCUGUAUUGGUGGUAUAGAGGGCUUGCAAACUUGCUUUGUUGCAAUUUUAUCAAGGUGGUUCAAGAAUGCUAGCGAAACAUACAUUAAAUUACCUUUUAUAGGAGCUGUCUCUUACCUGACUUUGGCUGUUACUCCGUUCUGUAUAACAUUUGCCGUGUUUUGGGCAGUUUAUCGUGACAAAUCAUUCGCCUGGAUUGGUCAAGAUAUACUUGGAAUCGCACUCAUUAUUACAGUUCUGCAGAUUGUACAUGUGCCUAAUCUCAAGGUUGGUACGGUUCUUCUCAGUUGUUCCCUACUUUAUGACCUAUUUUGGGUGUUUGUCUCGAAGAAGUUUUUCAAGGAAAGCGUGAUGAUUGUGGUAGCUCGAGGUGAUAGAAGUGGAGAAGAUGGUAUUCCAAUGUUACUAAAGUUUCCGCGCAUUUUGGAUCCGUGGGGUGGUUACAGUAUUAUAGGUUUUGGAGACAUUCUUUUACCAGGAAUGCUUUUGGCAUUUUCACUCAGGUAUGAUUGGUUAGCAAAGAAGAGCCUUGUAAGUGGAUACUUUUUGUGGGCAAUGUUUGCAUAUGGGUUUGGUCUUCUAAUCACGUACGUGGCGCUAAAUCUGAUGGAUGGACACGGACAACCAGCACUACUAUACAUUGUUCCAUUUACUCUAGGGACCAUUCUGGCAUUGGGGCGAAAGCGAAGAGAACUGAAGAUUUUGUGGACGAGUGGCGAACCAGAAAGAUUCUGUCCUCAUGUCAGACUUCAAAACAGUGGAGAAUCAAGCCCUGAAUGA